CGGCCAUUUUGUUUUCGACACCGAAGGGGAGUUGACGGCAGCGGUUGUGGUGAAAGGCAGGAAAGGGCAGGCCGGGCGAGCGGGCGGACCGGCCGACCGAACAGCCAGCCAACAGCAGCGAGCUAACCUAGCAAUCUACCGCUUCACACAUCUAACCAACCGCCCACCAAGUUAACCCGAGCCCCUCCACCGUCAACUCAGGUUCGGCCGGCCCCCGGCCCGCCUGCCGCAGCCGUGGUGGCAGCCCCGGGAGGAGCACUGGCGUCCGUUUCCUUCGAUUCUCGGGAUUUGAAGAUGGCUGCACAGUCAGCGCCGAAAGUUGUGCUAAAAAGCACCACCAAGAUGUCUCUAAAUGAGCGCUUUACUAAUAUGCUGAAGAACAAACAGCCGAUGCCAGUGAAUAUUCGGGCUUCGAUGCAGCAACAACAGCAGCUAGCCAGUGCCAGAAACAGAAGACUGGCCCAGCAGAUGGAGAAUAGACCCUCUGUCCAGGCAGCAUUAAAACUUAAACAGACUUUAUAUGCAAGUCCGGACAGUGGCUGUGGAAGGAUAUGUCCAAGCUGUGGCUGGGCGUCUGGAGGGCGGUGCCAUGCAACUAAGAGCUUAAAGCAGCGCCUGGGUAAGAGUAACAUCCAGGCACGGUUAGGCCGACCAAUAGGGGCCUUGGCCAGGGGAGCCAUCGGAGGACGAGGCUUACCCAUUAUCCAGAGAGGCUUGCCCAGAGGAGGACUUCGUGGGGGACGUGCCACAAGAACCCUGCUUAGGGGCGGGAUGUCGCUCCGAGGUCAAAACCUGCUCCGAGGUGGACGAGCCGUAGCUCCCCGAAUGGGCUUAAGAAGAGGUGGUGUUCGAGGUCGUGGAGGUCCUGGGAGAGGGGGCCUAGGGCGUGGAGCUAUGGGUCGUGGCGGAAUCGGUGGUAGAGGUCGGGGUAUGAUAGGUCGGGGAAGAGGGGGCUUUGGAGGCAGAGGCCGAGGCCGUGGACGAGGGAGAGGUGCCCUUGCUCGCCCUGUAUUGACCAAGGAGCAGCUGGAUAACCAACUGGAUGCGUACAUGUCGAAAACGAAAGGACACCUGGAUGCUGAGUUGGAUGCCUACAUGGCUCAGACAGAUCCCGAAACCAAUGAUUGAAGCCUGCCCACCCUCCUGUGAGACUCUUGUUAAAGUCACACAUCUGUAAAUAACCUUGAGAUAACAGAUGAGAAGAAACCUGAUUGAUGCUGGAAGGACCUAUCAUAAUAGGCUGUGGACUGACUUGCCACCAGUUUGUGCAUUUAGUGUGUUCCUUUUACUUUUUGAUACUGUGUUGUAUGAAACCCUUUUUCCCUCUGA